AUGGAGACAUACAGAUCUGAUUUUGGACUGUGGCAAGAGAAAAGCUGUAGUCUUGAGGAGGAUGCUGUUGGAGCUGGUGUGGACGAGCACACGAGCUGUGUGAAAGUUCCUGAUAUACUUUCUUCCCCCACUGAUGUUAUUGAAAAACUUUUGAUCGGGGAAUGUACUGAAGAGAUAAAGGAGAAAGAGGAAAUAGAUAAUGAGACAGAAUCACUUCUUGCUGAGCCAUUGCCUUCACCUCCAUCUUUGACCAUUGAGUCCCCUGACCUUUUGUUGGCUUUUGACCAUCUGAUGAAGUCCUGCUGUCAGAACUGUCAACAGUCUUCUAAGGUGUCCUCUCUGUCUUCCCAUGGCCCCAUGGUGCCUCAAACAUACCCUAUCCUAUGCCGUGCCCCUCAAAUGUCUCCUUUACAGAAGGCACUCCUAAUGGCAAGGGAGAGAGGGAAGGAUGGCUUGCAGGGAUACAGGUGUUAUCCUAUUACUGGGUCUUUAAAUGCUGAGGGAGGAGUGGUGCAAGAAUAUCGACUGCUCCCUUUUAAAACUCCAAAGGAGCUAAAAACUGUGGUUGCACAGUAUGGAGCUACAGCUCCCUUUACUUUGAGUUUACUUGAGACAAUGGCGGUUGAAGGUCUCCCCGCAGUAGAUUGGAAAAAUAUAGCAAGAGCCUGUCUUAGUGGGGGUGAAUACCUUUUGUGGAAAUCAGAGUUUUCGGAAUGUGCUCAGGAACAAUCUGAAUGCAGUCACAGAGAAGGACUUGAAGUCACUUUUGAUAUGUUGGCUGGUGAGGGUGACUUCUCCGUGGUGGUGCAACAAUUAGGAUUCUCUGCUGAUGUUUACCAACAGAUGAAUACCAUUGCCCAGCAGGCUGGGCGGAGGCUUCCCAUGGCUGUGGGACGCCUAGUGGUAGAUGGAGAGGCUGGAAUGCUGCUGACCAAGCAGCUGGCUUAUGAAAACGCCAGUUUGGCUGCCAGAUUGCUAUUCACCCUUAUCCGUACUGCCAUCAUCUUUCCUAAGAAUACUUCUUCGAUUCCUUUAUCUGACACUUCCCUCAUGUUUACCAAUGGCUCCAGCACUGGACUAGCAGCAGUAAUUACUGAUGACCAACUCUUUUCUAGAUAUGUUCAAGCCUCCUCUGCACAGUGCAUUGAACUUCACACUGUCUGCCUCCAUUCUAGCAACCAACAAUUGUGGCAACUCUUAUGGCUUCAGAUGAGAGGUCCUGGCGUUGUCAUCAUCCAAAAUACAGAAGGGGGAAAUGUGGGAGCCUGCCUACUGGUGCAAGACGCCUGUGGAAUGUUUGGCGAAGUGCACUUGCAGGGGGCCGUCCUGAAGGACAGACAGUUGGAAGGGAAGGCCUGCAGCCUGGCAGGAAUGAAGAUUCUACAGAAGGCCACCAGAGCAAGGAUGGCCGGGCUUUUUAGUUUGAUUGACACUCUAUGGCCCCCAUCAAGGCCUCUGAAAGCACCUGGCCGCAGCCAGCCCAGUGAAGAGCAGGUAAAAACUCAUUUGCCUCCUCCUACCUUCUGUUACAUCCUUAUGGCUCAUCCAAAUCUGGGACAAAUUGAUGUAAUUGAAGAAGACCCCAUUUCUAAGCUUUACCAGCCACCGAUUCCCCGCUGCUUAAGAGAAAUUCUCCAGACUGAUGAUCUCGGCACCCGUUGCAGUUUUUAUGCCAAAGUGAUUUAUCAAAGACCACAGCUAAAGAGUCUGCUUCUUCUGGAACAAAGGGAGAUUUCACUGCUGGUGACUGAUGCCACCCUGCAAGCAAAGGAUGAGAGUGAACCCAGCCUCCCCAAAACUGUGCAAGUCUUCGUGGCCCCCUCGUGUGUGCUGGACCUACAAGUCCUGGAAGCCCUCACCAUGGCCACACCUCACAGCAUCCUCUUCAGGGAUGCCCUCUGUGACCAUGGUCAGAUUGUUUGUGUUGAACGGACUGUCAUCUUGCUUCAAAAGCCCCUGUCAUGUGUUGCCUCUGGUGCUCGCUUCUGUGAGGUGACUGGCCCAGUGAUGCUAGAUGAAUUGGACUCUGCUACAACUGCCAACUCCAUCUGCAGCGUUCAAGGUGGGCAGCUUCUCACUGGAAAGGGUGCUGUGGUUGGUGUGGACGAGAGCACUGCUUUCUCGUGGCCUGUGUGUGACCAGUGUGGCAGUGGGAGAUUGGAACAGAGGCCAGAAGACAGAGGUACCUUUUACUGUGGGGACUGCUCCCGGGUGGUCACGGCUCCUGUCCUCAAGAGGCACCUGCAGGUGUUCCUGGACUGCCCCUCGAGACCCCAGUGCAGAGUGAAAGUCAAGCUGUCGCAGAGCAGCAUUUCUUCACUGCUGGGGCUUGCCACCUGCGAGGACGGGAGUUACGAAGUGCAGAGUGUCCUCGGAAAAGAGGUGGGGUCGCUAAAUUGUUUUGUCCGGUCCAUAACCACCCACCCGACGAACUGCGUAGGAUUGGAGGAAAUUGAGCUUCUGGGUGCAGGAGGAACUUCUGCUGAGCGGUUGCCAUAGGAUUUGUGAACUUUGCAAUGUGGCUGCAAGGGUGGUGGUGGUGGUUUUGGGUUAUUUGUUAACUACAGAUAGAGUGAAUAUAGUUCAUGAGCUUGAAAUGUAACUUAGAUUUUUCUGGGCAAAUGUUAGUAAACUGGUUUUUUAAACUAUAAAUCAAAAUACCUUUUUCUAUAAUUUUGUAUUAUCUUUCUGCACAUUUAGGAAUAUGUUAUUGAAGCCGAAAUAAGUAAGUUUAAGGUCUCCAUUUUGUAGUUGUCUUAGGCAAUAACAUUAAUAUAUCAGAAAAAAAUGUUUUGUUCAGUUGUAAUUUAAAGUGUUUAAAAUUCCACCAUGAUUCAGCAUGUUUUUCUUGUAGUAUUUGUUUUCACAUUCCCUCAAAGAACACCCUAUGAAGCUUAAACCUUUGUCCCAUAUUGUGACGAUACUGUUCUGCUAC